GCGUAGUCACAAUGUCGAAGAUUAAUCAGUUUUAUUUUCCACCCGAUAAUCAAAUAACUUUGUUCACAGCGGUUUGAGCGCGGGCUAACUUCGCCCGCCUUUGGUUCAAUCAUCUGCCAACAGAUGUAGUACUCUAAAAAAGGAUUGCCAGAUAGGAGUGAGCUACUGUCAUACUUCGUUAACACUUCGUUUCCGAAGUGCUCCUUCUUACACUUAAAAUACUCAGCUUUCGGCUAGACUAGUUCUUUCUGCUACCGACCAUCAUUGGGUGAUUAGUGCGCGUCGUGUCCCAUAAAGUUUAGUAAAAGUACGGCCGAACCGUCUUAUUAGAAGUGGUGUAGUUUUCUAAUUGGUGUUAAUUUGUUCUAGGUUGAAGAUAGGGGAAAAGUGUAUAAACCGAUCCAGGCAGAAGUGCAAUAGAAAAGAGUUACAGAUCAAAAGUGCGUAGAAUGUAAUUGAAAAUCAUUAGUAAAUGUUAACAAUGUUGUUAGUUCGAUAGGUUAGAUUCCCCACGUGUCAACCGAAAGAAAAGCUAUUGUUUGAUUGUUAACCGUAAGAAAAAGGAAUCAUCUGUGGGCAAGUGUCGCGUUUUACCACUUCACUGUGGUGCUCCCCUGGAAGCAAGGACUCGAUUACGGUUUUGGUGAGUAGAACUGAUUGAUUAACGACCCUGUGACAAGAAAAGGAAGAGCUAGCGAGUUACAAUUGGCGCCCAACGAAAAGAUUUAAUUAGUUUAUUUCCAACCCCAACAGGGGAGGUGAAAACAGUUGAGCUGUUUCAAAGAUUAUCUUCGUCCUCCAAACGAAGAACCUAUUGAGUUUGAGAACUGUAAAAUUUAUCCACACGUUUGAAAUGGAUGUCGAAUUUGAUAUGCUAUACACAAAUAUGGCCGUUCAUCACCUUGACCGCGAUGAGAUUGAAUACGAGCUUAAAAUUCGCGGGCUUCCGUUCACGCAAACUGAAACACGUGCAGCGUUGAUGAGACGUCUGAAAGAGAAGUUAAAAACCGAAAAGAAUCGCGCGAAUAUUGAUUUAGAUUUCGAUAGAUUGGAUACGACAGUAGAUGAAGAGAUUAAACAAAUAGAUGCAAAUGUAAAACAAAUCAAAGAUUUCUUAACGAAUAAAGUCCGUUUUGAGGGUAUCCGGGAAAGCCUCAAAACGCGUUUGGCACACUAUUUCGCGCGUGCCAAGCGACUACCGGAGAAUACGGAAAGAGAAGACGAUUACGCGGAUAUCGACAUGUUAGUUUCAAGUAUUCGCGGCGCGUUUAAUUCACAUUUUUCAUUAUUUUCGGGUCAAAGAGAUGUAAUUGAACAACUGAACCAGUCAUUCGCAAUGAUGUUAUCGGGAAACAGAAACGAGCUAGAGAAUAAGAAGGAUAAUGAAAAAGGAUCAGCUGAAGAAGGAUCAGAUAAUUCGCGAAGACGUAAUUUGCAGUCAGCCGAUAAUCCGGUCGGUUACCCACAAUUAGCAACAAAUUAUUUACCCAUUAUGAUGCCUCCUUGGAUGUUCGGGAAUCCUCAAAUGUGGGCCGCACAGCAAAUGAUGCGUGCUGAAUCUCUAGGUAGUUUUUCAAAUUCAAUGAACGCUCAGAAAGUUUCGGGACAGAUCGAAGGAUCGCGUAAAACUUCGGGAAAGUCGUCGCGCCGUUCGAAACAAAAAGUUCAAAGUUCGAGUUCGGAAAAGGAUACGUCUAGUACGGAAGACGAUUGGUCGUCGGAAGAGGUACGAAAGCCGUCGCGUGGAAAAAAGCGUAGUCACAAAACGGAAAAACGUAGGCCAGUUUCGGACUGGAAAUUGAAAUAUGAUGGGGCGGAUAACGGACAAACUUUAAUGAAAUUUUUGAAAGAGGUAGAAUUUUACGCGAAAUCGGAGAAUAUGUCGCCCAAACAACUGUUCAGGUCAGCUAUCCAUCUUUUCAAUGGAGCUGCGAAAACUUGGUUCAUGACCGGGUUUGAGAAUGAGGAUUUUACGUCAUGGGAGGAGCUUAAAGAGGAGCUGAAACGCGAGUUUUUAAGCCCCGACCAUGAUCAUACGAGCGAGAUUCGUGCGAUAGCCCGGAAACAAGGUCCGCGAGAAUCGUUUCAGGAUUAUUUUCUGGAGUUGCAGAAAAUCUUCAACUCUUUAACAAAACCAAUGACCGAACGCCGUAAGUUCGAGAUCGUAUUUCGGAAUAUGCGAUCUGAUUACAAAGGACACGCAGUGUCCUCAGAGAUUGAUAAUUUAGCCGAUCUCAAGAAAUUCGGUCGACGUUUAGACGCGACUUAUUGGUAUAAGUAUAAUACGACGACAACCGAAUCGAAUACACGAAGUAAAACCGCGCAGGUGAAUGAGGUACACACGGGUACCAAACCGAAGUCUAAACCAAAACCGGACGAAAAACAAAAAUCGCGUACUUUCCGAAACUCUACUCGCGACCGUAGGGGUUCAGACGAAGAAGAAAUAGAAUCGCGUAGACGGUCCAAGAGUCCUUCCCGAAACAACGAGCCGAAAGAUGGAUUACACGUAAUUAUCGAAAAGUACCAGCCACCCAGAAACGGUGACUGUUUUAACUGUCGUUUAUCAGGUCAUCACGCACGUGACUGUGAUCGACCUAGGCAUAAGUACUGUCAACGGUGUGGAUUCAUGAAUGUAGACACCGCCACAUGUCCGUGGUGUGCAAAAAACGGUGUGAAAACUGUCCCCGAGGGCAGGCAGUUAGACCGAAACUAGAGGCCCUCACUA